AUAGUGCAACUUAAGGUUUCCGUUAAUGCUGAGCACCGUAGCGCGCACCAGCGGGGUCAUUUUAAUAAAAGCAUCGCUGAAGUCGAUAAAGCGUAAAUAAACUGUUGCAUCCUGGCGCACUUUUCACGCUGCGGUUUCCGAGCGGGGCAUGCUGGCUUGGGGUAGAUGAUGUCAUCUAGCGGAGGGAUACAGUACAAAUGAGGAUACGCAGGUGGUGAGAAGGAAGCAACGGAAGGAGGAGCCGGUCAGCAGCGGAGCGUUUACGGGCGACGUACGUCGACGGUAGAAAAUUAAAUUCUGCUUUUUUUUCUUUGUAUAGAAAGGCUUCUAAAGUCAGAAAGGCAAUAAAAUGGCUGACCAGCUGACUGAAGAGCAGAUUGCUGAAUUCAAGGAGGCAUUCUCACUUUUUGACAAAGAUGGCGAUGGCACCAUCACCACCAAGGAGCUGGGGACAGUGAUGCGCUCGCUGGGCCAGAACCCCACAGAGGCCGAGCUGCAGGACAUGAUCAAUGAGGUGGAUGCAGAUGGAAAUGGAACAAUUGACUUUCCUGAGUUUCUCACCAUGAUGGCAAGGAAGAUGAAGGACACAGACAGUGAAGAGGAAAUCAGGGAGGCCUUUCGAGUAUUUGACAAGGAUGGGAAUGGAUACAUUAGUGCAGCGGAGCUGCGUCACGUCAUGACUAACUUGGGUGAGAAGCUGACAGAUGAGGAGGUGGACGAGAUGAUUCGUGAGGCCGAUAUUGAUGGUGAUGGCCAAGUCAACUAUGAGGAGUUUGUGCAAAUGAUGACUGCAAAGUGAAGCAUUUGUCUUCUAUCUCUUACAUUGCCUGUUCUCCUUCGAUCACUCUGUCUUUAAAAAAAAAAAAUCAAUACAAAUCAAACAGAAAAGCUAUAAAAAAAACUUAAAUGUUGAAAUUCUGUAAAUGUGGUUUCAAAUUCAAUCUACUUCUGAGGUGUCUGUCGACCCAAUAACUGCAGAAUAGCCCCAAAGGGAGUGAACAGAUGAAGUCUGGCUGCAUGAGACCCCCUUCCUGGAACAACCUGCCACGUGUCCUGGUGUUGACACGUUCUGGCUAAAUUUGAGGAAAGGACAACAUCCGAGUGCAUAAUAAAAGAUGGAAGCUGAUGACAGAGAUGGAUUAUUUUCUUUCUUUGGCAAUCAAAACCAGCUUUCCAUUUGUAACAAUCUUAACCUUGCAGCUUGCAAGAAAUGAAACGCAGUGCUGUUUCAGAUGAGAAGUUACAAAACAAUAAUCUUGCAUGCAUCUUUUCGGAUGGUUUCAUGUCUCAGUUAAGGACUCCUGUGGUUGAGUGGACAUCCUGGUUGGUGUACAGUGAGGAUGUUUAUACAUAUAUAUAUUUGUACAAUAUGUAUUACUGAGGGUUGCUACAAGUGAAAGACGAGUCAGUGUUGGGUAGGAGCUGGUAUUUGGUUUUUUAGUCCCCUCCAAUGUUCUUGAGCAGUAUGUGGAAUGAACAGAUAAAUGUUGUUAGUUUAACAUAUAACUUUUAAUUUUGUUAGGGUGAUAUUUACUUCCUAAAAGUGCAGCAUCAUGCUAGGAUAGAGCUGUGUGUUCACGUGUCUGUACAAUUUUAGGACAAAGAUAACAUCACAUUCAAUUAGUGUGCAUUGCUGUAAAUAUCUAAACUGCAAAUAAAUGACACAAAUGUAUAUGUUAUGCUUUUUAGUGUGUAUCAGUCAAUAUUAAAUGUGUUGUAAACUUUGCAUUGCCUAAUAUAAAUAUUAGUAUGGCCUGUGACUUAUCUUAGUUUUCUCUUGGUUAUGAAUUGUGCCAUAAUCUUCAGCCUCAUUUUCUUUUGCAAGAUUUUAGAAAAAAAUUUAGUGGUUAUAUAUAAAUAUAUUUGCACUUUUGUGUACGAAAAAAUCUUGAAUCUGUUCAGAUCCAGAAAAACCAAAUUUUGCUGUUGCCGCUGCUACAACUUACUCGUCUCUUGCUCUUGUUGUGGUUAAUCAGACCCUCAUGUUGUAGUGCUGCAAAAUUUGUUCCUUGCUCUGCUUGCUGUAUCACUGAACAGUACUGCUGUUGGGUGUUUGGGAUUGGUGGGUGGGUGGGAUCAAAUGUUGAGUGGGUUCUUCAUGAAUGUUAUGUAUUUGCUAAGGUUUUUCAAAGCUCAUAGUCUGAAAGGUAUGCGAGUAAACACUGAAGUCACUAAAGUUGACAAGAUGGUUGGACAGGAAGUACUGAUGUUCUUAAGCUUUUGAAUGGUUUUGUGAAUUACUUCGUAAAGUGUUAAGAGGGAUGUGUGUGUGCGUGUAUGUGUUGCUGAAGGACUAAGAACGUAACUACGAAGUGUUGCUGUUCAACAUUGUGGAAGUUGCGUCCAAAAUAUAAGCUGUGAAAUAUCAGUGUUUUCCAAUAAAAUAUGAUACCAGUC